AUGGUGCCGGAAGCUGCCGAAGGCGUCGUCCACAUUGCAGAUGCUGCAGAUGGCGAGGGCGGCGCGCGGCUGGCGGUGGCAAGGCGGCAUACGUAUCGCAAGGGCGGGUUCAACAAGUGGAUGUUCGAGGUAAUGGUCGACAUGGGCCCGUUUGCACAUUUGCAGGCUGUCGAAUAUGUGCUGGGCUUGCGGCAUGCCACAGGAGAGCUGGUGUGGGACGAGCGGACUCGGACCGUGCUCGGAGUCCCGAUCUAUGCCCGUGGCAGGCUCGACGCCCAGGUCGCGGCCUACGCAUCGUGGGCUCACGGCGCGUGCCGGUAUCCGCGCCGGCGGAGCAUCGCGCCUCCUGCUAGUGUUGGCAAAAUGGUGAUCGGUCUCGUGGCGGAUACAUCGGUCUCGGACGCCGCGCACACAACGGUGGCGGCGAUGGCGGCGUCCGGGCCGUCGCUCGACCUCGUCCUCCACCUCGGCGACUUUGGCUACGCGGACACGACCGACAACGUGCCGUGGAGCGUAGCGCGCAAAGAGUACGGCGAGCUGAAGCAAGAGUACUGGGACAGGUUCUUCCGCAUGAUCGAGCCAUUGGCGCGGCAAGUCCCGAUGCUUGCCAUCCCAGGCAACCACGAGGCCGGAUCCCACGACGGCAAGUCUGGCUUUGACUAUCACUUUAUCCCGUACCUCUCGCGGUUUUUCAACCCGAGCGAUCCACGGCGGGUCGCACUUCGUGAUGCCAUCCGCCACAAUCGUGAGCUGGUGACCUGGUACAAGGUCGCCCUCUCGCCGCUGGUCACGCUCAUUGCGCUCAACUCGGACGAGGACCUCGGGCCCGACUCGGCGCAGGGCAGUUUCGCCCUGCAGGCGCUCGCAGAAGAGGCUGCACGCGGCCCGCGCCACGGAGCCUUUACUCUCGUCCUCAUUCACCGCUCGGCGUACUCGGCGUCGCUGCACAAGGGCUCGGACUUGAAGCUCCGUAAGGCGCUCGAGGAUUUGCUCGAGCCAUUCCCUGGCACGGUCGACUUUGUCUUUCAAGGCCACGAUCACUCGUACGAGCGGACACACCCGGUGAUGCGCGGCAAGGUUCAGUCCUGGCGCAAGGCUCCGAUCCAUGUCCGACUCGGCGUCGGCGGCCUCGAGACCCGGCAGGGCUGGGCAGAUCCAAUGCCGGCAUGGUCGGUGGCUCACUCGGGCACCACUUUUGGCUAUGGCCGGCUCGCACUCUACACCAAUGGAACCGCGGCCUUUGAGUUUGUUGACUCGGAAAGUGGGGCUGUCGUCGACGCCAUCGUGCUUCACCGCGGGCUUCGCUGCCCGCCGGGCCCCGCCGCCGCGCUCUGGACUUCUGCAUCGAGUAAUCGGGCAGUGGCAGUCAUGGCCGGAGGCUGUGCCCUGCUUGGGGUGGCAUGCGUUGUCGUUUGGGUGCAGGGUACGGGACGCGGCAGCCGCGGUAGCAAGGAGCGGCUAUCCGGACUCUCGGGCGGCUCGGGCUCGGGCGAUGUGGUGCCAUGCCGAGACCGCCGCCGGGUAGGUGCCCGCGAGCGGCGGUCGUCGGCGCCGAUGGUGUGA